ACGGAGCAGGAUGCUGCAGUGAAGCUUGACCUGGAGCGGGCCGAGAUCGUCGCCAAAUAUGACAAGGGGAAAGAGGCCACCGUUGAGCCCUGGGAGGACACCAACUUCCACCUGUACAAAGUCAUUGACCGCUUUGGAUUUGUCCAUGAGAAUGAACUUCCAUCCUACGACUCACUGCAGGAGAAGCAAAAACACCUGGAGGUGGAGAGGACCAGCAAAUGGCUGAAGAUGCUGAAGAGCUGGGACAAGUACAAGAACAGUGAGAAGCUGUUUCGCAGGAUCUAUAAGGGAAUCCCUCUGCAGCUGCGGGGGGAGGUGUGGUGUUUGCUGCUCGACGUUCCCAAAAUAAAAGAGGAGAAGCAAGAUUUCUACGAGAAGCUGAAAGCCAGAGCCAGAGUGUUGUCGCCCGACGUCCGGCAGAUCGACCUGGACGUGAACAGAACCUACAGGGACCACAUCAUGUUCAUGCAUCGCUACGAUGUCAAGCAGCAGGCGCUCUUCCACGUCCUCACAGCCUACUCCAUGUACAACACGGAGGUGGGCUACUGUCAGGGUAUGAGUCAGAUCACAGCUCUGCUGCUCAUCUACAUGAACGAAGAGGACGCCUUCUGGGCUUUGGUCAAACUACUGUCCGGGCAGAAACACGCCAUGCACGGGUUUUUUGUUCCUGGUUUCCCCAAACUGAUGCGUUUCCAGGAGCACCACGACCGAAUCCUAAAGAAGAUGAUGCCCAAACUGAAACAGCACCUGGACCACCAAGAGGUGUUCACCAGUCUGUACACCAUGAAGUGGUUCUUCCAGUGCUUCCUGGACAGAACUCCCUUCACGCUCACCCUCAGGAUCUGGGACAUCUACAUCUUGGAGGGAGAACGGGUGCUGCCUGCCAUGUCCUACACUGUCCUCAAACUGCACAAGAAGCACCUGAUGAAGCUGUCCAUGGAGGAGCUGGUGGAGUUUCUGCAGGUGACGUUAGCCAAAGAUUUCUUCUAUGAGGAUGACUUUGUGGUGGAGCAGCUGCAGGCGUCCAUGAUGGAGCUCAGGAGAGCAAAAUUGGAGCUACCCGCACCAGGUAAAGACGAAGAGUUUCCCAAGAAACUAUUGGGGCAGCUCCCUCCUGAUGUAGCAGCAGCAGUGCUGAACCAUGUGGGCAAUGGCCAAAGCCAUACAGAACCAGCGGAGCCUCCUCGCAACUCAAGUCCUGUUCCAGACCGCCAACAGGACAGUCGGCCACAGAGCCGGGAACACCAAAGGGAAAGAGACGUCCAUUCCAGGGGGUCAAAUGACAUCCAGAAUGAGCAGCAAAAGCAGUCCACCACAACUACGCCAGAGAAAAGGGCAACUCCACCAUUAGUUCCCACCCCAACACCACAGAUUGCCUCAUUAGAUGGUAGAAAGCCUCAUAGUCAUGCCACUGCUAACCACAACUCCAAUGCAGGCUCCAGCACACAUAAGAACAUCACUCCCCGCUGGUUCAAACCCUCUGAGACAAAGUUGGAAGCUGUCAAAGCUGCAGCAUCUCGGCAGAACCAGCUCAGCUGUGGGACUUCUCCAGCCCCUUCCAGCCCAGAUGACAACGUUCAGCUCAAACGUCAGCCAAUAUCCAAAGGAUUUGACCACGGUGCUGACAGAGGCUCCAAUGCCUCACAGUAUGACAAUGUACCAGGGCUGCUGGAUCAGGAAUUUGAGAUUCUGGAGCUUGAUCAUCCUCCAUCCAGAGUGAGGACCCCUCACAAUGAGACAUCCUUUAAUCUAUCAGGACAGCAUCAUAGCAGCCCAAACCAUGGACAAAGUCAGGAUGGGAGUAUACUUUCCAUCUCAUCUGGGUCAAGAAUGACCAGGAACUCUCCAGCCCCCCAGUUUUUCCACAACAGUCCAGCAGUGGUCCCAGGCACUUACCUUGGCAGCCAAAAUCUGUAUCCCCACCAGCAGUCUCCAAGAAGAACUACUACUGAGGUUCCCAUCCUUCACCCAGGCUACAGUGUAAGUCUGGACCAAAGAGGGGACAACAGACUCAAUGGCCCCUCUGGGUUUAGCUCACCCUCCAGCGUGGCGUACAGAGAACUAGCAUAUGUUACAACACAACGACAGUCCAGCAGAGCCUCCCCUAAGAAGGCCCUCCACAGUAACUCCUUCGCCACAUACCGCCGACAGCCACCCCCAGGGUCUAACCACAACUUUCAAAACACAAGAUCACCCCCACACCAAUCUCUACAGCUAGAACCCCAGAGCAGCUCCACUCCCAUCUACGUGCAACAGCUUACGUCAGCCUCACAGAUCCACACUAUUGUGAACUACAGAGUCGAAGGGCAUCAGAGGGGUGAGGCAAAUCUGGCAGAUGGAAGACCUGUACGAGCUGUAGGCUGGGAGCCAGAAGAUCCACUUCCCCCUCAGUCACCAGGCGGGAUGCCUCGCUCACCCAGCUUUCAGCAAGCCCAGUUGUCUCCUCUUCAGGAGUUCGCUUUCCCCCCCACCCCCGAUGGCCAGCCUCACUACAGGACACAGUUCCAAGAACAGCAGCAGCCCCCUCAGCUGUUUGGGGCGCCGCACUACAGGCACGCACAGGAGGCGUUCGCCCUGCAGGAGGCCAUGCUGCUGUGAUGAGAUCAAACACAGAUGUGUAGUCAUGACACUGAUGAAGACGAGCAGCCUGGCUCUGCUUCUGCUCUCAUAUUUACAUGUGAAGUAUUGACUUGUUGACUUUGCAGGACAUGCCAGCCUCUGAUGUUUUUACUGAUUGCUUUGAACCCUUUACCACCUAAGCCUCAAAAUUUCUGCCUAGUAGGCUUGUUAAAAAAAAGUGUCGUU